GCGAGUCCUUCGUCUGCCAACUUCAUUGUGCCCGAAUGUAAACGCUGCGCAGUAAGCAAAUUUUUUUUUCAGUCACAUAUAUAUUUAGAUAAAUUUCAAGUGAGAUUUCCAACUUGCUGGAUGAUACAUAUUCCAACGAUUUAAUAUCAAAAUGUUUAAGCAACACAGAAUUAAAUCUCGUAAAAAAAUGUCUAGAAAUCAAUGUAAAAUCCAAUCUGUAGCAUCCAAUAACCAAUUUUCAACGUUAGAUGUCAAUAGCACUGCUUGCUCUACUAGGAAGUCGAAAUGUACCUUCUCGACAAUUUCAUCAGCGAUAUCCAAUAAAAAUUGCAAAUCUAUGCUAGUUAAACAGCCAAAACAAUUUAUUACUAAAGCGCCUAAAAAUGCAGCAGUGCAUUUUGGAAAUUUUUAUGGCCUUUCGGAUGAUGUAGAAAAAAGAUAUUGCGAUAAUUAUCUAAAAGAAGAAAUAGCGACGAUUAAAAAACCACAUCGCUUAGAGUUUACUAGGCAGAUGGUGCACAAAUUGGAGAGGGCAACUGACGCGGUAGAUUACAUGCGACAAGUGUCGGUUCUUCUAAGGAAGACAGUAGAACCACCCAAUUUCAGAUUGAAUCAACUUCUAUCUAAAGAUUCAAUUCCUAACGCAAGUCGAAGUUCCUCGGAUUAUCCACUUUGGUACAAAGAGCCUAAAAUAUCCUUAGUCUUCUCAAAUCCAAUCGCUCAACUUAAAGCAUAAUCAAUAAUCCUGAAAAAUAAUUUUUAAUAAAAUAAAUAAAAACGUUUUUUAAAA